UAAAGCCCAAACCAAAACCCGACUCGGAUCCUCCAUCUCCCUUUUUCUCAAUUCCAGGAAUCCAGCAAAUGUCUCCGUUUCCAUCAGAGAACGGCAUCGAAGGAGGCGACGAGCGAGAAGAAGAGGAAGAAGACAAAGAUGUUGAAGAUGAAGAUGAGGAAGAGGAAGAAGAAGAGCCGAGGCUUAAGUAUCAAAGGAUGGGAGGAAGCAUCCCUUCAUUGCUCUCUAACGAGGCAGCUUCCUGUAUCGCCGUUGCCGAACGCAUGAUCGCACUCGGGACCUACGAUGGAAACAUUCACAUACUCGACUUUUUAGGAAACCAGGUUAAGGAAUUUGCUGCUCAUUCGGCUACAGUGAAUGAGCUUAGUUUUGAUAUAGAAGGUGAAUACAUUGGAAGCUGUUCUGAUGAUGGCUCUGUUGUAAUAAACAGUCUUUUCACUGACGAGAAAUUGAAAUUCGAUUAUCAUCGUCCUAUGAAAGCGAUUGCUCUUGAUCCUGAUUAUGCAAGAAAAUCAUCUAGGAGAUUUGUAGCUGGUGGUUUAGCAGGGCACUUAUAUUUUAAUACCAAAAAGUGGCUUGGCUAUAAGGAUCAGGUUUUGCACUCGGGUGAAGGUCCAAUCCAUGCGGUGAAAUGGAGAACAAAUCUCAUUGCUUGGGCUAAUAAUGUAGGUGUGAAAGUUUAUGAUGCUGCAAAUGAUCAGCGGAUUACAUUUAUAGAAAGACCAAGAAGCAGUCCUCAUCCUGAAGUUCUGCUCCCUCAUUUGGUUUGGCAGGAUGAUACUUUACUGGUGAUUGGCUGGGGAACCUCUGUCAAGAUUGCAUCAAUAAAAACAAAUUUGAAUAAAGGAACUAAUGGAACAUAUAGGAAUGUUACAACGUCUAACAUGAACCAAGUAGAUAUUGUUGCAUCUUUUCGGACUAGCUAUUUCAUAUCAGGAAUUGCUCCUUUUGGUGAUUCUUUGGUUGUCCUUGCUUAUAUUCCUGGUGAAGAAGACGGAGAGAGCGAAUUUAGUAGCUCAGUACCAUCACGACAGCAGGGUAGUGCACAGAGACCAGAGGUACGUGUAGUAACUUGGAACAAUGAUGAACUGGCAACAGAUGCCUUACCUGUGCAUGGGUUUGAGCACUACAAAGCAAAGGAUUAUUCCUUGGCCCAUUCUCCCUUCUCAGGAAGCAGUUAUGCUGGUGGACAGUGGGCUGCUGGUGAUGAACCAAUCUAUUACAUUGUAUCACCAAAGGAUGUUGUCGUAGCAAAACCAAGGGAUGUGGAGGAUCACAUUGCAUGGCUUCUUCAGCAUGGUUUGCAUGAAAAAGCUUUAGCGGCAGCUGAGUCUGGUCAGGGACGGAGUGAACUCAUUGAUGAGGUGGGAUCUAGAUACCUAGAUCACUUGAUUGUUGAAAGGAAAUAUAUUGAGGCUUCAUCCUUGUGUCCCAAAUUGUUGCAAGGAUCUGCUACGGCCUGGGAAAGAUGGGUAUUCCACUUUGCACAUCUCCGUCAACUUCCUGCAUUGGUUCCGUAUAUGCCAACUGAAAACCCAAGGCUGCGUGAUACUGCAUAUGAGGUUGCACUUGUAGCCCUUGCAACAAAUCCAUCCUUUCAUAAGGAUCUCUUGUCAACUGUUAAAUCUUGGCCACCUGUCAUUUAUUCUGCAUUGCCUGUUAUUUCUGCCAUAGAGCCGCAAUUAAAUACUUCAUCAAUGACUGAUGUCCUUAAAGAGGCACUUGCAGAGUUGUAUGUUAUUGAUGGGCAGAAUGAGAAAGCUUUUUCACUCUAUGCUGAUCUUAUGAAGCCUGAUGUAUUUGACUUCAUUGAAAGGCACAACUUACAAGAUUCCAUUCGUGAAAAGGUUGUCCAGUUGAUGAUGCAAGAUUGUAAGCAGGCUGUCACUUUAUUUAUCCAAAAUAGGGACUUGAUUACACCAUCUGAAGUUGUUUCACAACUUCUGAGUGCUGGAAAUAAGUGUGAUUCAAGAUAUUUCAUGCAUUUAUAUCUGCAUUCUUUAUUUGAAGUCAACCCACAUGCCGGAAAGGAUUAUCAUGAUAUGCAGGUAGAGCUUUAUGCUGAAUAUGAUCUGAAGAUGUUACUUCCUUUUCUUCGCAGCAGUCAACAUUACACACUAGAGAAGGCAUAUGAGAUCUGUGUCAGAAGAGGUCUUGUAAGGGAGCAAGUUUUCGCCCUUGGAAGAAUGGGGAAUUCAAAACAAGCCCUUGCUGUCAUCAUAAAUGAAUUAGGAGAUAUAGAAGAGGCUGUAGAAUUUGUGAGCAUGCAGCAUGAUGAUGAUCUUUGGGAAGAAUUGAUUCAGCAAUGCCUCCACAAACCUGAAAUGGUGGGUGUCUUAUUGGAACACACUGUGGGCAAUCUUGAUCCUAUCUAUAUUGUAAACAUGGUACCCAAUGGCCUAGAGAUUCCUCGGCUUAGGGAUCGUCUAGUCAAAAUUAUAACUGAUUACAGAACUGAAACUUCUCUUAGACAUGGGUGCAAUGAUAUUCUCAAGGCUGAUUGUGUUAACCUGUUGGUUAAAUACUAUAACGAAGCUAGACGUGCAGUUUGCUUGAGCAAUGAAGAGGUCAAUUAUAGCUCCAAGAGGGAAGCAAGUGGAGCCUCUCUAUCGAUAGAGAAAACUCCUAGUGCUAGGAACAUGGUAGUUAAGUCUAAAACUAGGGGAGGGGGAAGAUGUUGCAUGUGUUUCGAUCCUUUCUCGAUACAAAAUGUAUCGGUCGUUGUUUUCUUUUGCUGCCAUGCUUAUCACACGACUUGCUUGACGGACUACGCUUACGCUGAUGACAGCAAAAAGAGGACUGGAACGACAUCUCAAGAGCCUUACGGGUACUAUAACGAUGAUGAGGGUGAGGAUGAAGAAGAUGACGAUAAUGAUGAGCAGGCUGGCAGCCAUCGAAUGCGAUGUAUUCUAUGUACCACGUCGGCAAGUUAAGUUUGUAAUGCUUUAUAAUUAUGCUAAGUCUAUGCAUGUGAGGGUGUGCUGUGCUUUUUGCUCCCAAUUUCUUUCCCUUUCUAACCCAUUUCUUAUUCUUCUCUUGUAUUGUUGUGUGGCAACAUAUGUAUUAUAGUCCAUGUAAUUAUUGGAAAGUGGAAUUUA